AUGAGACGUCUUUCCAAGUCAUUCGUUUUGCUCCUUUGCUAUGGAGUCCUUACGGUUGCGUUGCCGCAACUAGAACCUCAUCAUUUCUACCCUCGACAAAACGAAUCAUCUUUUCAUAAUACCUCGACUCUCGCCCCUGGUACUGCGUCGUCUGUCGGGAGUGUAUCUACAACUGCGACUGCCUCACCCGUUCAGAAUGCGACAUCCACUCUUGCUGCCUUGCCGGUCCUAAAUGCCACUUCGGCUAACGCGACUACGGCACCAGUCCUAGAAGCGAGUGUCCUAGACUGGCUGAUCAACAUGGCGAAUGCGUUCAAUGCGUACAAGAACGUCACAUGCGAUCAGGGUAUCAUCACGCAGCUGAACGAAGAUCCAGUACAGCGAUGGAACGAAACCCAAGGCGAUUUCGGACUGAUCGGACUCGCCACCUACUGGCAGGACAACAACAAAUGGAACGAAAGCACCGAGCACCACGCCACAAGCGAGCAGAUCUACUUCAUCAACUCUGUCCUUCAAUGGGCGGGUAACACCGAGACCGGUUGGGACUGCACCGACACAGGGUCCAACCCAUGCUCUUCCUCCGUCGAAUGCGAUGACGUGAACACUCCCGCCGCGUACCUGAUACUCAACUCCAUGGUCACCCUGCACAAUCUCUACAGCGAUCUGUGGCACGCAGUCGUCGCUGCGCAGGGCAACAUGAAUGGCAUGAUGGUCAAAUUCGCCGAGACUUUCAGCCCACAGCUCGAGGAGAAGAUAUCCUUCUGGAAGAAGGUGCUGGACGUGGUGCAGUUUGGCGCAGCCAUCGUGUCCGCAGGCGUCUGGAACGUUCCGCUCAAGACAAUCUCGGCGUUCACGUCGAGCGAGCUGAGCAGGAACAUGCACGGCGCCGUCAAGGAUUCGUUCAACGCCGGCAUCGCCUUCGCCAUCAACUGGUCGAAGGAUUCGGCGGAGAGCAAGAAGAGCGAGCUUAGUACGCUGGGCGACGAUGCUGCGGCUCUCACGGCCAUGGUCGAGAAUAUCCAGGUCUCGAAUAAUGAGUAUUUGAAGUAUCUGUUCGGCGGCUCGGAAGACGGAUUCAGUCGGCUGCAGAACAUGAUAAAGGGUGGAGUCAUGAUCCCGAAGAUGAAAGAGAACGUGGCGGAUCUGACCAAGCUGGCGAUGCACACGCUGUAUGGGCUUAUGAUUCCAAUGGGAUGGGCGGCUAGCCCGCAGAACAUCAAACCGCUGAUGAUCAUGACCCGAGUGGACUGCCCCGACAAAGCCAACGACGGCCGGAUAUCGUGGUACAAGGACCGCUGGCCGCAUGCAUUCGAAGCCGUCCAGAAAAACUGGGCCUGUGUCGACGACAAAUACGCCUUCCUCAUCCGCGCCGACGCUGACGAUGACUCCCCAAGCGCUGUGGGCUACGACUUCGACCUUAUGCCCGGCAGCGACCGGGACACUCUCAAUGGCGAGAGCUGGGGCGGUGCGACGCUCGAAGACAUGCUUACGAGUGCGUGGCACGGAUAUCAGAUGGCUGGCAUGAAGAACGGGUACGAGAUGGACGUCAAGAUGACGCAGGCAGUGGACGGGGAUGGCGCGGCGGGGGAUCUGUUCUUUCAGAAUGGGCUGAGGACUCCGGGGUUGUUUAACUUUUGGGUGGAUGAUUGGCAGUACGAGACGACGUACGAUGGAAUGCUGAAAAAGGUGGAGGAUUGGUGCUUGGGGAGGAAGCUGAAGGCGCGAGAGGAGGUUGUCGACGCGUAG